AUGGCACCAGCUGGGAGCAAAAAUGCCAAGAAGGGCAUCCUAGAACGGCUAAACUCUGGAGAGGUCAUCAUUGGAGACGGAGGGUUUGUCUUUGCACUGGAGAAGAGGGGCUACGUGAAGGCAGGGCCCUGGACCCCAGAAGCUGCUGUGGAACACCCAGAAGCAGUUCGCCAACUUCAUCGAGAGUUCCUCAGAGCUGGCUCGAAUGUCAUGCAGACCUUCACCUUCUAUGCCAGUGAAGACAAGCUGGAGAACAGGGGGAACUAUGUUGCAGAGAAAAUAUCCGGGCAGAAAGUCAAUGAAGCCGCUUGUGACAUUGCCCGGCAAGUGGCUGAUGAAGGAGAUGCUUUGGUAGCAGGGGGCGUGAGCCAGACACCUUCGUACCUUAGCUGCAAGAGUGAAACUGAAGUCAAAAAAGUCUUUCAGCAACAGCUGGAGGUCUUCAUGAAGAAGAACGUGGACUUCUUGAUCGCAGAGUAUUUUGAACAUGUUGAAGAGGCUGUAUGGGCAGUUGAAGCCUUGAAAGCAUCAGGGAAACCAGUGGCGGCAACUAUGUGCAUCGGCCCAGAGGGAGACUUGCACAGCGUGACCCCUGGCGAGUGUGCAGUGCGCCUGGUUAAAGCAGGAGCUUCCAUUGUGGGGGUGAACUGCCAUUUUGACCCCACAAUUAGCUUACAAACAGUGAAGCUCAUGAAAGAAGGCUUGGAGGCUGCGGGACUGAAAGCCCACCUGAUGAUUCAGCCCUUGGCCUACCACACUCCCGACUGCGGCAAGCAGGGAUUUAUCGACCUGCCAGAAUUCCCCUUUGGACUGGAACCCAGAGUUGCAACCAGAUGGGAUAUUCAAAAGUACGCCAGAGAGGCCUACAACCUGGGGGUCAGGUACAUAGGCGGGUGCUGUGGAUUUGAGCCCUACCACAUCAGAGCGAUUGCAGAGGAGCUGGCUCCAGAGAGGGGAUUUUUGCCACUGGCUUCAGAAAAACAUGGCAGCUGGGGAAGUGGUUUGGAUAUGCACACCAAACCCUGGAUUAGAGCCAGGGCCAGGAAGGAAUACUGGGAGAAUCUUCAGAUAGCCUCGGGCAGGCCAUACAACCCUUCCAUGUCAAAGCCGGACGCCUGGGGAGUGACCAAAGGAACAGCCGAGCUUAUGCAGCAGAAGGAGGCCACAACGGAGCAGCAGCUGAGAGAGCUCUUCAAAAAACAGGAGCUCAGGUCCACACAGUAG